CCCCCCCCCGGCCGUGCGCUCCCCCUGCAGCCCGGGCUGGGCAGCGUGGCCACGUGACCCGAUUGCUAUGGCACCCGUAGUCACAAUCAGGCGGCGGAGGCCGCGUCCCCGGCCCCCACCCACGCCCGCCUUUGGAGCCCUGAGCAGGGCCCCCCGCCCUCCGGGGCCCCACACCCACGGAGCCACUGCAGCCCCCGGGCGCCCUGUGAGGCCAAGGCCAGACCGCGACCAGCCAGGAUUCCUCCUGCCCUGCCGAAGACCCAGGAGACGACCAUGAAUGAGGUCAAAGAGUCCCUCCGCCACAUUGAACAGAAGUACAAGCUGUUCCAGCAGCAGCAGUUCACGUUCAUCGCAGCUCUGGAGCACUGCCGGGAGAACGCCCAUGACAAGAUCCGGCCCAUUGCCAGCAUUGAACAGGUACAGAGCUACAUGGACCACUACUGCAACAGCUCCACAGACCGGCGGGUGCUGGUCAUGUUCCUAGACAUCUGUUCCGAGCUGAACAAGCUCUGCCAGCACUUCGAGGCCCUGCACUCAGGCACUCCAGUCACCAAUAACCUUCUCGAGAAAUGUAAAACCUUGGUUAGCCAGAGCAACGACCUGAGCAGCCUCCGAGCAAAGUACCCGCACGACGUGGUGAACCACCUCAGCUGUGAUGAGGCCAGGAACCACUAUGGAGGCGUGGUCAGCCUCAUCCCAAUCAUCCUGGAUCUGAUGAAAGAAUGGAUCGCCCACUCAGAGAAGCUGCCCCGCAAAGUGCUGCAGCACGUGAGUGCGACCCCGUCUCACCAGGAACCUGCUGCGGGUGCCACUCAGCCUGCCCGGACCACAGACACCCAGUUAAGCAAACAGGAGAAACAGGAGUGUAGGCAACUGGCAAAAGACAGCUCCAAACCUAGGGGGAAAGACAAAGGACCUUCAAAGCCCCCCUGGAGGCCUCCCGGUGGGAAACUGUAACUCAAAAGCCAGGGAUCUGCUCCCCCAGUCCAGUACUUUGGUUGACCCAUUCUCACUGGCACUCAGCCCACGCUAUGAGCCCUAAAGGGGGAAUAAUACAUUGCUGAGAAUUUCCUGCUUUCACUUCUAACUUUUCUGUAAGCUCUGAGCUGGCUGAAGAGUGUCGCCAACUCGAUCAACUGCUCAAACAGGAUGUUGGUAGGGUGUGUCUCCGAGGAAGGGCCCUGUGCAGAUCCCCAGGCCCCGCGUGCACCAAGGCCUCCCCAGUACCUGGCCUGCCAUGCGGGGGCUUUGGAGGCAUGGCACGGCAUCUUCCUGUGGGACAGGAGUGCUUCCAUUGCCAGAAUGGAGGGACAGUGGACAGGCUAAACCCAGUGUGUUCAGCACCCUGGGCCAGAGCAACAGGAGGAGGAGUCUUCUUGGGAGACAGAGCAUGGCAGAAGCUAGGACCCCAUCACGUGGCUCAGGUCUGGUGUUCACAGCCUAGAGGAAGACCAAACACUGUAAAAUAUGUCCUUGGCUUCUACACUUGCCAGAAGUAAGGUCUGACUGUUGGUUUUUCCCUUCACAGGGGACGACUUAGCUUCUGUACUGUUGCUUCCUCGGGGGGGAGACAGUCAAGAAUAAAAAAUGUUUUACCACCUCUC